AUGGCAACUGUGGCUACUAAUGCGGAUGCGGAUGCAGCUGCUGCUGCUGCUACUCCUGGGGCACUGGAGUCCACCGUCAAUCCCAAGUGUGCCAAUGUGAACAACAAUAAUAGUGCCCGCUCCAGCCGGGUGGGCAGUGCUUCUGGGGCAGACCAGGACACGGAUACGGAUGCGGCAUUACUGGUGGACCAGCGCUUUGGCUGGUGCAGCUUUCAACCGCAGUGGCUGCAACGUUUCUGCACCGCCAAGUGGGCGCUCUUCUGGCUCUGCUGGGGCGGUGCGUUGCAAGGUCUGAUUGUCAACGGAUUGAUCAACGUCUCAAUCUCGACCAUUGAGCGGCGCUUCGGAUUGCGCUCGAGACAGAUGGGCCUGGUGGCCAGUGGCUACGACUUGGCCUCGUUCGCCUGCCUGGUGCCUGUCACAUACUAUGGCGGACGGAAGGGUGCCUCCAAGCCGCGCUUCAUUGCCAUCGGACUGAUAGUGAUGGGUCUUGGUUCGUUGAUCUUCCUGCUGCCCAACUUCCUGGUGGGUCCCUAUCGGGCCACCAUUGCCGAGGCGAAUGUCUGUGAGAUGGGGAGCAGCAGCAGCAGCAACCCCAAUGCGAAUCCGAAUCUGAAUCAGACAAUGCAAUACUCCUGCGAGGUAAAUGCUGGGAAUGGAGAGCGCGAGGAGUACGAUAGUUUAACGUGGACCGUGUGGCUGUUCUUUGGGGCUCAACUGCUCCAUGGUGCCGGUGCUGCACCCCUCUUCACACUGGGCGUCACAUACAUCGAUGAGAAUGUCUCAAAGAAGAUGUCAUCUGUUUACUUGGGCAUCUACUAUACGAUGGCCACCGUUGGACCCGCCAUUGGCUACGUACUCGGCGGACAAUUGCUGCUCAUCUACACGGACUGGAUGACCGUGGACCCCGUCCAGUUGAGCCUGACCAGCGACAGCAAGGUUUGGAUUGGUGCCUGGUGGCUAGGCUUCAUAUUCGCCGCCGGAAUGUGCCUCCUUAUAGCCAUACCCAUCUUUGGUUAUCCGAAAUCACUGCCGGGAGCGGAUAAACUGCAGUUGGAGAAGGUCUCUGAGGCGCAUGCAACCAAAACGGUGGCGGAGAUUGGAUCAGAGGGAUCGGAGGGAUCAGAUGGAUCUUGUGGCCUGUCCGGUGGUCGGCGGCGACUGGGGCAACUGCCUCAUGCGGUACUCAGUCUCUUGAAGAAUCCCACAUUCUUCUUCCUGAACCUGGCCGGCGCUACAGAGGGUCUGGUUAUAGCCGGAUUCGCCGCCUUUCUGCCCAAGCAAAUCGAGAAUCAGUUCAGCAUUUCGCCCAUGCUUUCCGCUCUGGUGAUGGGACUCAUUACGGUGCCAGCUGGCGGCGGUGGCACCUUCCUGGGCGGCUAUUUAGUGAAGAAGUGGAAUCUCGCCUGCAGCGGCAUCAUCAAAAUGUGUUUGAUGGCCACCACGGUGGCGGCAUUUUUUACCUUCUGUUUCCUGGUGUCUUGUCCCAAUCCGAGGUUUGCGGGCGUCACUACCUCGUACAAUCUCGAGGCCAGGAGCGGACCACCGGAGCUGGUGUCCAACUGCAAUGCGAACUGUGGCUGCAGUCGCACCAACUACGAUCCCAUUUGCGGCACCAAUGGCGUCAUGUACUACAGUCCCUGCUUCGCCGGCUGUGGCCAGGAGGAGCAUGUGGAGAGUCUGAAGCGCUACCACAACUGCAGCUGCAUCGAGAGUGUCGGAUGGGUGGACGAUGGCGUCGCUCUACAUCCGGAUGCCACCAACUUGAAGUGCGACUCCACGUGCCAGAGUCUGCCGUACUUCGUGGGCCUCUGUUUCGUCCUGAUGAUCUUCACGUUCCUCGCUACGAUGCCGGCUCUGUCCGCCACAUUGAGAUGCGUUCAAGACGAACAGCGUUCCUUUGCCCUGGGUCUGCAGUGGAUCAAGGUACGGCUGCUGGGCACUAUACCCGCUCCUCUUAUAUUCGGAGCUUUGAUUGAUGAGUCCUGCAUUUUGUGGCACGAGUCCUGCGACGAGCAGGGAGGAGGAGCCUGUCUCGUCUACGAUAAUUUCUAUAUAAGCCGCUACAUGUGGCUUUUGGCGUUGAUUUGCAAGCUUGGAUCCGUGGUAUUCUUUCUGUGUGCCUGGUGGUUCUAUGUGCCACCCAGCAAGCCAGCAGUCAAUGCCAAUGGCAAGGAAGACAUUUGA